CUGCGCACCGUGCGGGACUUCCCGGCCGAGGAGCGCGCGCGCCUUGCUGGACCGCCGGGCUGCGGCCGCGUCGAGGGCGGUGGCACAUCGCUGCACGUGGCCUGCGAACUGGCGCGGCCCGAGUGCCUCUUCCUGCUGCUCGGCCACGGAGCCUCGCCCGGCCUGCGUGAUGGCGGGGGCCUCACGCCACUCGAGCUGCUGCUGCGCCACCUGGGCCUCGACUCCGGGGCCACCCCUGCCACCGGGGCGCCCGCUGUGCCCGGGGAGGCACCCGCUGCGCCCGGGGAGGCGCGCCAGCGCCGCCUGCUGCUGCUGGACCUGCUGGUGCUGUACACGCCCGCGGCCGCCCGCCUGGCCCGCUGCGAGCUGCUGGGCGACCGGCCGCGCUGGCAGCGGCUGCUGGGCGAAGACAAGUUCCAGUGGCUGGCGGGCCUGGCGCCGCCCUCGCUCUUCGUGCGCGCCAUGCAGGUGCUGGUCACCGCCAUCUCGCCCAGCCGCUUCCCCGAGGCCCUGGAUGAGCUGCCGCUGCCGCCCUUCCUGCAGCCGCUGGACCUCACGGGCAAGGGCUAGCCCCGGGCGCCCUGGGACUGGACAUGGGAGAGCACUAUUUUCGGAGGUUGUACUGGCACUUUACAUACACUGACCGCUAUACGUUA